UGUGUUGUCAUGCCGUAAAGCGCUUUGUGCGACCUGCCAGUGGAGAGAGACAGACAGCAGGCCCUGUAAGCUUAUACAUUUAUAGACGAUGAAAGCAGGCGUUUUGGAUCUCCGUUUCAUUUUAUAGGCACUCCUAUCGUCUCUUUCACGAUGAUUAUAGAGAAUGUGGACGCCCUGAAGUCGUGGCUGUCGAAACUACUGGAGCCAAUAUGCGAUGCCGAUCCCUCUGCUUUAGCCAAUUAUGUCGUGGCUCUGGUGAAGAAGGACAAACCGGAGAAGGAGCUCAGAGCGCUCUGUGCCGAUCAGCUCGAUGUCUUCCUACAAAAAGAGACUGUAGGCUUUGUGGAUAAACUAUUUGAAAGCCUGGCAACCAAGAACUACCAGGGCAACCCUGUUGCUAAGGAAGCUCUGAGAGAAGUCAACCUCCCUGCAGCCAAAUUGGAUGCUGUGGAAGUAAGAAAUGUGGAGGCUCCAGAGGACGAGCGGGAAAACAGGCGGAAGAGAAGUCCUCUGAGGAACCGCUCCGACUUCAACGAGUCCAGGAGUCGCGAAGACAGGAGGCGGGACGAGCGCAAGAGGCGGGACUUUGAUAGGCAUGGGAAAAAUAGCAGUGGCGGCGGCGAUUCUCACCGAGAGCGACACGAUCGGCGCAGGGGGUGUUCCCGCGGGAGGAGCUACAGCAGGAGCCGAAGCCGGAGCAGGAGUGGCAGCCGGGGGAAGAGCAGGGGACGAGACUUCAAGUCAAAGUUUGAGGCGGAGCGGAAGGACGUCGACGGCUACAACUCAUCCAACACAGGCGGCUCCCAGCAGCCUCAGCAGCACACGUCGUCUCUCCUGCCCACGCCGCCGCACCCCUUCUUAUCUAAUGCAGGCGGGCUGCCGGGGCUCGGCGGCCUUCCCGCGGCAACACCGGCGCACAUGCCCGAUGGCACCACCGACAGCUGGUCCGGCUACUUCGGCGCAAAAAGGCAAGACGGCGUCGGCAAGCCGUUCGGCAACAAGAGCCUUCCUCGCAAACAGCGGUGCAGAGACUACGAUGAAAAGGGAUUCUGCGUCCGUGGCGACCUUUGCCCGUUUGAUCACGGCAACGACCCCCUCAUCGUAGACGACGUCAGCCUCCCCAACAUAAUCCCCUUCCCGCCACCACCCGUGAUGCCACCUGGUGGCCUGCCCCGGCUGCCGCUCAUCACUGAGCCACCCCCCACCCUGAGGAUACCGCCGCCUCCGAUGCCACCGUAUGGUCAGCCGCCGCCACCUGGUGUCUUCUCAAUGACUCGACCUCCACUAAUAACAACCAGUGGAAUCGAAACCCCCAACCACCAAUCGGCAAUCACGUCGUCGCCCCCUAUCGGACCACCUGGCGUGGGGUUGCCGCCAAAUCUUCCUCUGCCUCCUCUACCGCUUCCUUCCUCAUCAUCGGUGUCGCUCCGCCCAAGAUAUGCCCAGUCCGAAUAUAACUACGACCCAGAGGGCUAUAACCCAGAAUCUCCAGGACUGACCGGAGCGGGUCGGAACCAGUAUCGGCAGUUCAUUCCCCGAGUGCAGACGCAGCGCUCCAACCUCAUCGGCCUCACCUCCAAUGAAGGGCAAGGCUGCAGAGCUGCCAACAUAGUGAUCCAAACAGAGCCUGCCACGACUCCUAGUCCAGCAGGAGGUUUUAACACAGAGCAGUACAAUAGGAAGAGAACCCUGGGCUGUGCGAUAGCCGAGGGGCCAACGAUUAAAAAACCCUGGAUGCAAAAGCCAAAUUUUAACAACCAGCACAAAGGCGGCUUUCCAAAGAAGAAUUUCUAUGUCAACACUAAGUUAGAGGUGCGCAGUAUCCCGCCUGACCUCAACACCAUCACUAAACUCAACGAGCACUUCAGCAAGUUCGGGACCAUCGUCAACAUUCAGGUGGUGUUCGGUGGCGACCCCGAGGCGGCGUUGAUCCAGUUUACGACCAACGAGGAAGCCAGACGAGCCAUGUACUCUGUGGAGGCUGUGCUCAAUAACCGCUUCAUCCACAUGCGCUGGCACCGUAAGGCCAGCAUGCUGGGGAUUCGCCCGAUGGAGCAGAUCUCGGGGAGCCAGGUGGCCUGCUCUCAGAUUCCGCAGCACAAUCCUGCCGCGUAUGUGCUGAACAAGCAUCGGCCGGCAGUAGCAGUUGGCACUACAACCACCAGCACGCCGGACAACCAGAACCCUGGCAUGGAAGCUGCUAACGUGACGCCGGCGCUGACAAACCCCCAGAAGAGCCCCUCUUUCACUUCUAACCCGCUCAAGUUGUCCUCCAAGUGCCUGGGGAAAACAGCCAAAGCACUGGAAGCGCAGGAAGCCCUUAAGAAGAAACAGGAGGCGUUAAAACUCCAGCAUGACUUGCGGAAGAAGAAGCAAGAAAUGUUAAAGACGCAGAUUGAAUGUCAGAAGGCGCUGAUUAACCGUCUGGAGAAAAACCGAGGCAUGAAACCUGAGGAAAGAGCCAACACCAUGAAGACCUUUAAGGAGCUGACCGAAAAGAUCGACCAGCUGCAGAACGAAAUUAAUCCAUCCGCCCAGGUGUCCAAAGCCAACCACAACCAGCCCAAGACCAAGACCGACGCCCAGAAGGAGCUGCUCGAUGCUGAGUUGGACUUCCACAAGAAGAUGAGCUCUGGAGAAGACACCACUGACCUGAAGAGAAAGCUGGGGCUGUUGCAGAAGGAGGCAACGCAACUGGGCAUCCUACGAUCCCCGAUGUGUCGCGGCCGAGGCAGAGGGAAGACGCCACCAGAAGCCGGCGCCACGCACUUCGGCCGCGCCAGGGGACGCAGCCGCGGAGGUGGUGGAAUCGUCAACCGCAUGGUGGUAGACCACCGACCCAGAGCCCUCUCUAUCGUAGGGGUCACCCAGGAGGAGAAGGAGGAGCUCAUGCAGCACUUUGUGAAUUAUGGUGAGAUCGAGGAUCUCCGUGACCAGGACGCCACCGGUGUCGUUAUGACCUUUAAGACUCGGAGCGAAGCCGAGAAUGCUGCCAACCAGGGAGCCAAGUUCAAAGGUCGCAUGUUGCAGAUUUCCUGGCACAAGCCCAAGACGCCGUCUGUCACCACAGAGCCAGAGGAGGAGGAGUCGAAAGGCGACGACAACACGCAAAAGGAAGGCGGCUCUUAUUUACCCGGCGAGGAAGAAGAGGAGGAAGAGGACGAGGACGAAGACGACAAGUACGAGAGCCGAUCUUGGAGACGAUGAAGCGGCGACCCGAGGACCUUUUUUUGUCUCUUCCUCAGUAUUUUCAAACGAGUCAUUUUGACGACGAAGCAGAAGUCUUCUUUCCUUUCCGAGCGUUUUCUUUCUUGGGGAGUUUCCUCCACUCCACAGCAUCUCCCUGCUGCUGAGAAAGGUGUUGUUGGACGUAGAAAAAGUAAAUACCUGGAGGUGAAAUUGGAGUGAGGGCUGUCAGUAAUGCACAACAUUUGUGUCUACUGUGAAAAGGUAUUUUUAUACAUACUGUAUUUAAUUCACUAAAACUAAAUGAUAAUUGUGACCCUCACUCAAGUCUUUCAUCACUUUAUUUAUUUUUCUCUCCUUUUUUCCCCCCUGAGC